UAGUCCAUCUUUUUUAAAACAUGUGAUAUAACGGUGUUAUUUUGUGCAAACUAAAAGUGUUCCGCGGUUUAUAUACAGUGACAUAUGUUAUAAUAUAGUGUGUGCGUUUGUGUUAUUGUCAAAUAUGUGUCUAGAAAGAGAGGAAAACAGAAGAGUUUGUUCUUGAAGUUUGUUGUUGAAGGGGUACGUUUACAUCGUGGUCAUGAAUGUUAAACAGGUCAUGAUUCCCUCGUUUGGUUGGUCUUGUGUCAUAGUUAAUAUUCAUUAGUCGUGCGUUCACUGUAGCAAGAUUCUUAAUGGUCGAACGACUCGUUUCGUUUUAACACAUUAUUCAUAACCAAUGCAUAUGGCCGAACUACGUUUAGUGGCCAACUUUGUGCUGCGCAGACCGAUCGACGUACGAUAAUAAAGCAUCGCGAGAGCAAUUCGUCGUAUCUGUUUAUGAAUCUUUCUCGCGGUAUUGUGACGUCAAACGCCAUCGGUUUGCGCAGCGCCGUAGAACGUACACACCUCUUUACUCACAGACCGUUCCGGCUGGUUUAAAAAGCAGUGCCAAAACAACAUUCUUUUCAUAAGCUGGACACUGUACUGCACGUACUGUACAACGACGCUCGCGAUCCGGACCUUCUAGUUUCUAACAGAAGUGUGAGGAAAUAAACGUGUUUCCAGAUGAAGAAGGCGGUGUGUUUGAGUCUGUGGGGGCCUGUUGUGACUCCUCAACUUGUCCAGAGUAUUCAGGAAUUUGAGAAAACUCUUGGUAUUUCAGGGGGUUUCAUAAAUGAUGUCAUUGCAAAUGUUGGCAUUGAUAAUGCUCUGUAUCGAGCGGAGAGAGGGAGGAUAACUCUGACUCAGAUGAUUCCUGAGUUUGAAGCGGAGUGUCAGAAGGUGGCAUCUGAAAAGAGUUUGUCUUUGCCAGUCCAGUUCUCGGUUCAGAAGCUUUUGGAUAAGAUCAGGCAGGUGGAAUUCAACAAGCCGAUUCUUGAAGCAGCAUCUGUCCUGCGUCAUCAUGGCAUCACCACCUGCGUUCUGGCCAACAUCUGGGUUGAUGACACCGAUCAGAGAGAAAGCACUGCGAGGAUCAUCUCUGUCUUGGAAGGACAUUUUGACCUGGUUGUGAGAUCUUGCCAUGCUGGUGCCCGAGUACCUGAGCCGGACAUCUUCAAAAAUGUUCUCAAGAAACUUGCUGUUACGCCACAAGAAGCAGUCUGGCUCGAUGUUGCUGAAGAAAGUGUCAAGACGGCUGAAGGCUUGGGAAUGACUGCUGUUCAGAUCCAUGACGUCACUGAGGCUCUUCGGGAAAUCAAGAAGUUUACGGGAAUAGAGGUCACCAAUGAUCUCCAACCACCAUUUUGUCUUCCUGAAGAUGUCACCCAUGGAUAUGUUAAUGUUAAGCCAGGGGUGAAGCUUCACUUUGUGGAAAUGGGCGACGGGCCACCUGUUCUUCUUUGCCAUGGAUUUCCUGAGAGUUGGUUUUCUUGGAGGUACCAGAUUCCUGCUUUGGCCGCUGCUGGAUUCAGAGUUUUGGCCCCUGACAUGAAAGGUUACGGUGACUCUACUGCACCAGAAGAGAUUGAGGAAUACUCUCAAGAACAGAUUAUGUUGGAUCUGGUGGCUUUUCUGGAUAAGAUGGGGAUUGCUCAGGUCACUCUGUUGGGUCACGACUGGGGCGGUUCUCUGGUGUGGAACAUGGCUCAGUAUCACCCGGAGAGAGUCAGAGCCGUGGCGUCUCUCAACACUCCUCUGUUUCCUGUGGAUCCAAACACAAACCCGCUGGAGAAACUCAAGGCCAUACCCAUCUUUGAUUAUCAGCUCUACUUUCAGAAGCCUGGCGUUGCAGAGGCCGAACUAGAGAAAAACCUGGAGAGAACUUUCAAACUGAUGUUCUUUGCAAGUUAUGAGACUAAACAUCCUCCGUUACGCUCAUCUGGGGUCUGCGAGAGAGGUGGAUUGUUUGUGGGCGCACCUGAUGAUCCGCCCCGCAGUGCCAUUUUGAACGAGUCUGCACUGCGUUUUUACAUUCAACAAUACUCCAAGAGCGGCUUCAGGGGUCCUCUGAACUGGUACCGUAACGGGGAGAGGAACUGGCGUUGGAUGUGUUCCAGGCCAAGGGGCAAGAUUAUGAUGCCAGCUUUGAUGGUGACCGCAGGAAAGGACCCCAUUCUUCUGCCAGUCUUUGCCAAAGGGAUGGAGAAGCUGGUUCCAAAUCUCAGCAGAGGACACAUUGAGGAGUGUGGACACUGGACACAAAUGGAGAGACCUGCAGAAGUGAAUAAGAUCCUCAUCUCCUGGCUGAAGGAAACGCACCAGAAAGCCUCCAUUCCUGUCCAGCCGAAGCUGUGAGAUGAUCUUGAUAAAGUGUCUGAGCUGUUUAAGCGCAUGUUAAUCUCUUGCCUCACUGAAAGUAGAACACAGUCAUGUUUUAUUUCAGCAGUUCUUUGUUUUCAAUGAAGUCUUUCGUAACCAUUUUUAAUACAAAAAAGCACAGCUUUCCAUUUUGGCAAUUUUAGUAAGAAUCUGAGAGAGAAGUUUGUCUUUUGUGAGUUUAGUACAACUUUACUGAAAGCCUUUAGGUAUUAUGCCUUAUUAAGGGUUAUUAAAUUGUAUGAUGCAUUAUUGUUGUUCAUAAUGUGAGUUGAAAUACAUUCAAUUAAUUGAUAAGUGUUACAAAGUGUAAGUUGCAUUAAAACGCCUUUUAUAAUGCAUUAAACAUAUCUGCUUUAAGAAAAGUGUAUAAGUUGCUUUGGAUAAAAGUGUUUGCUAAAUGAAGAAAUGUAAAUGUAAACCGUAUUGGGCAAGUUACUUUGAAAAAAGUAAUUAAUUACUAGUUACUAAUUACAUAUUCAAUAGUGUUAUUGGAUUACUUUACAAAUAACCU